AUGUCUUCCGUCGUCCUCCUUCAGUUUGGGUCAGACCCCUUCAGCUUUCGAUUCGAAGACCUCCAGGGUCGCCCUGCCUUUACCUUCAAUACGCCUCCAUUAUGGGUCCCGUCGAAUUCCUUCUUCUACUUUGGCCCUCGCACUUCGCCUGGAUACAUUGUCUACGGCAACAACCCCCUCAACCUCCCAAUGUCCCACCUCAUGCGUCAGGAGCGGGAUAAGAGCUCGUCCCGGUAUUUCACCUCACAGAGCGGGAAUAAUUAUAAAUGGAGAAUGUCCAACACACGGAUGGAGUGUAUGGAUGGUCGGACUCUCCUAGCUUCGUGGGAUCUCAGUUCGCCGGAGGAUGAUUUCCAUGCGCGGCUCACUAUCAAACCAUCCGGCCUCCACAUUGUCACAGAAAUUGUCACGACUCUGAUUCUAAAUCGAAUGGCCCAAGAUUUGAAUUGGCAGUGA